UUCAAACCCCCUCCACACGCACACGUGCACACACCCACACACCCACACACUAUUAAAUACUUUGAAAGAAAGCAAAACGUCAGAGCGCACACCCGGGUUACAGGGAAAGUUAAGUCAGAGUGUAUACAGUAAUCAAAAUUAAGUUAGAAAAUAUAUGAUAAUCAAAUUUAUAGACUUCACAGGAAGGACAAUACACACACAGAGAGAUACUCACCGGUGUGUUUGAGGGUGUGUGAAACAUGGCAGACAGGAUGUUUCUUGCAGUCGUGUUUCUGAUUCUGAGCCUGAAUUUAGCUGUGGAUGCUCAGUCAACUGUGUACAACCUGCUGACGUCUCCCGACUGCCUGCCGGAUCUCCUGCACGGAGCGCUGGCGGAGCAGGGAGUGACGGAGCUCUUCCUGCUCGCCACGUUCCGCCUGCAGCCCCGCACUGGCACCACCGUCUUCAGCCUCUACGACCCGCGGGACAACACCAAGUACCUCGAGUUCAUCGUCAUGGGAAAGCUCAACAAGGCUUCGCUGCGUUACCUGCGCAGUGAUCACAGGAUGGCCACGGUCACCUUCAACAACCUCAAACUGGCGGACGGGGAGAAGCAUGGCCUCCUUUUCCAUCUGAAAGGCCUGGAGGUCCCUGGGCAGGGAGCCAUCCCUCCUGGACAGGGGGAGUUGCCAGUGCCCAGGCUUGAGCUGUAUCUGGACUGCCGCCUGGUGGAAACGCUGAGAGAUUUGCCAGCAGUGUUCAAUGGGAUUGACAGCAACCAGGGGGUAGAGCUUAAAACCAUGCAGGGGAAAGCGCAGGAGGAGCUAGAGGAGCUGAAACUGGCCUAUGGCGAUACGUUCGAGAACGUGGCAUCACUGCAGAACUGCCAUACCCACCAAAGCGACUCUGUUCAAACGCUUGGACUCAACACUAAACAACUGACCAAUCAGAUGCUGGAGCUGACCAAGGUCAUAAAUGAGCUUAAAGAUGUGCUGAUUCAACAGGUGAAGGAGACCUCCUUUCUAAGAAACACAAUCUCCGAAUGUCAGGCUUGCGGGCUGGGCGGGACAGUGGUGAAGCAGAAGUGCACUCCUGGUUUGUGUUUCCGUGACGAUACAUGCGUUGAGACAGAGGAAGGGGUGGAGUGUGGCCCCUGCCCUGAUGGAUAUACAGGAGACGGGUACAGCUGCGAUGACGUCAAUGAGUGCCAGUUUAACCCAUGUUUCCUGGGUGUGCGGUGUGUGUGUGUGUGUGUUUUACAGUGCCAGUUUAACCCAUGUUUCCUGGGUGUGCGGUGUGUGAACACAGCUCCCGGCUUCCGCUGUGAGCAGUGCCCUCUUGGAUACUCUGGCCUGGCGCUUGAAGGCGUGGGAGUAGAUUUUGCACAGACACACAAACAAGUCUGUAAUGACAUCGAUGAGUGUAAGGGACCAAAUAAUGGAGGUUGUGCAGCCAACUCAGUGUGCCUGAACUCUAUGGGCUCAUACCACUGUGGAGGCUGUAAGACAGGUUUCAUAGGUGACCAGGUGAGAGGCUGCAAGCCAGAGAGAAGCUGUGGAAACCGUCUGCAGAACCCCUGUGACUCCAAUGCUCAGUGCUUUGAGGAACGCGAUGGAACGAUCACCUGCCAGUGUGGGAUCGGCUGGGCUGGAAAUGGAUAUCUCUGUGGUAGAGACACUGACAUCGACGGAUACCCUGACCAGAAGCUUCGCUGCAAAGACCCCGCCUGCAAGAAGGAUAACUGUGUUACGGUGCCAAAUUCGGGACAAGAGGAUGCGGAUUCAGAUGGAUGGGGUGAUGCAUGUGACCCAGACGCUGACGGGGAUGGAAUACUGAAUGAGCAGGAUAACUGCUGGCUGAAGCCGAACGUACGGCAGACGAACAGUGAUAAGGAUAGCCAUGGUGAUGCAUGUGACAACUGUGUUACUGUGGAGAACCCAGACCAGCGGGACACAGAUUUAGAUGGCCUUGGGGAUGCAUGUGAUGAUGAUAUGGAUGGCGAUGGUGUGAAAAACUUUCUGGAUAAUUGCCAGCGUGUAAAGAACCGGAAUCAGCGGGACCGGGAUGGCGACGGAGUGGGAGAUGCCUGUGACAGCUGCCUGGACAUUCCCAAUCCCAAUCAGUCGGACAUUGAUAAUGACCUUGUUGGAGACUCUUGCGACACGAAUCAGGACAGCGAUGGUGAUGGGCACCAGGAUUCGAAGGACAAUUGUCCACUGGUGAUAAACAGUUCCCAGCUAGACACCGAUAAAGACGGUCUGGGUGAUGAGUGUGAUGACGACGACGAUAACGACGGUAUCCCUGACGUUCUGCCUCCGGGCCCUGACAACUGCCGCCUGGUGCCCAACCCUGACCAGAUGGAUGACAACCAUGACGGCAUGGGUGAUAUUUGCGAGUCGGAUUUUGACCAGGACAAGGUGAUUGACAGGAUUGACAACUGCCCCGAGAACGCAGAGAUCACGCUGACAGACUUCAGGGCGUAUCAGACUGUCGUGCUGGACCCUGAAGGCGACGCCCAGAUUGAUCCUAACUGGGUGGUUCUGAACCAGGGGAUGGAAAUUGUGCAAACAAUGAACAGUGAUCCAGGCCUUGCUGUGGGUUACACAGCAUUUAGCGGUGUUGACUUUGAGGGCACGUUCCACGUGAACACGGUGACCGACGAUGACUACGCCGGCUUCAUCUUCGGCUACCAGGACUCGUCCAGCUUCUACGUGGUGAUGUGGAAGCAGACAGAGCAGACCUACUGGCAGGCCACACCCUUCAGGGCCGUCGCUGAGCCGGGCAUCCAGCUCAAGGCAGUGAAGUCCAAAUCUGGCCCAGGUGAGCACCUGAGAAACUCCCUGUGGCACACGGGGGACACCAAUGACCAGGUCCGUCUGCUGUGGAAGGACCCCCGGAACGUCGGCUGGAAGGAUAAAGUGUCCUAUCGCUGGAACCUGCAGCACCGCCCACAGAUCGGCUACAUUAGGGUACGGUUCUACGAGGGCUCCGAGUUGGUGGCAGACUCUGGCGUGACCAUCGACACAACCAUGAGAGGGGGUAGACUGGGUGUGUUCUGUUUCUCUCAAGAGAACAUCAUCUGGUCCAACCUCAAGUAUCGCUGCAAUGAUACCAUUCCCGAGGAUUUCCAAGAUUUUAGCCCACAGCAAGUCUUGUACCCUCUGUAAACGCUUCAGAGACGCAAACACCUACACACACCUGAGUGUGUAUUAAAGCGCCUGCGAGACUUUUCUGUGCACAGUGUGUGGGGGGGGGGGACUGGGAUGUGUGCAUACACAACGUGUGCGCCUCACACAAUCCAACCGUUUGUUCCCCUGUGUCAAAUGCCUCCUUUGUACUCCAGAGACCUAUUACUCAUCAAAGACUGCACAUAUUAGCCUGCAUGAAGGUGCUAGACACAUCAUUAUCACCACUUAUUUACAUUCAGCACUUGCCGUUUCCCAGACCACCUCCGCUGCUUGUCGUCCACGAAGAGGCAGGUAACCGAAACGUAAAAGCUCCUACAGUUCCGGACAUUCGGCACGCUGCGUGUCGGUGUGGGAUUAUGAUCCGGUUCUGAACUGGAAGAACCUGGUCUGAUGCGAAUUCGAAAACGGAGUUUUACUGGAUGUCUAAAUAUAUACAUGUAAACCUAUAGAGUCAUUGAACUGUCUGUAGCGGUGAGCCAGAUUUAGACGGUCAAUUUUAUUCUGCCUUCUUUAGAUAUGUAUAAUCACUGCGUUAUAUAAUCAGCUAUAUUUGCACCACGGGAUCUUGUUUUUAAUCACUGGGUCAAAGGAAACACAAAGAUCUCUUUUUAAAAUGUUAUACAUGUUUUGCGGUAUUAAAGACAGAAUCGCACAAAUGCCUGUGGAUAUUCACACAGACUAUGGCUCUACAGAUAACGCCAUUAAUGACCACCCCAGCACUUUUAAAGAGCACCAAACUGCAUACAUGUAAAUGGUGACGGCUAUUAAACUAUUGUGUCACGGCAGAUUUCACCUACAGAAUGCCUUUAAAGCUUGCGUGUUUACGCGACACUCUUCCGCCGCGCACGCAACUCCCUGAAAUUAGCGGGGAGUGAAAAGCCAAGCGUCGAUUCGCCAUCACGCUGCCCUCGGAUGUGCAGAGGCGGGCGAGCUCCUUGUGGAAGGGCCGGGAUUCUUUCUGGGAGCCCCUCUGCUGUGCAGCGCUGCCGGGGUCUGCAGAGCCUAAGCGAGGCUGCUAGCCGGUGGAGCUCCCAGGUGUGCUGGCCCAUAGGUAAUGCCAGUGAUAACCUUAGCACUACACACUCCUCGUGGUAUUCUGCUAUGCCCGACACUUUUUAGCGAUUGCAUUUGGAGCUCGACUACAACAAACAUGUGGACUGACUUAAAGGGCUCUUUAGCCGGAGCGAACUCACGCAUACAAAUACAAACACAAAUACACAAACGCUAAUCUCAUACUGCACUUGACUGAUUGACCUGUGUUUUUCUGUUCAGUCACAAAGAUGUGAUGAUGGUGUUUCUAGGUAUGAAAUUAUAAUAUUCCUUAAUUGUGAUACAGGAAAGUACAAUACAAUUUUUGGUCUUUGGGGUCUAUUCCUUAUGGCCAGCAGAUGGCACUAUAUCUUAGUUUCUUCCAGAACAUUAUGUUCUCCCUCCUUCUGUCCCAAAUCUCUGGUAUUCUUCUCUGUACUUAAUCGCCCGCACUCCUGACUGAACGAACUGAUCAUAUAAUCGGUUCAGAAUGGCCAUUCCAGUCCUCCGGCGAAGUUCCGUCCAAUAAGUUCAGAAGUAUGCCAAGAUGUGAUUUAUCUACUUCUACUCAACACCAGGGCACAGACUUGUGCACAAAAUGCUUUAUUAACUUGUACUGCCAACAUACGAAAUUGCUACUUCACAGUAACCAGUAACAACUAUUACCAACCAUUUAGACGACCAUCUUUAGGUUCGAUAGCUUUUCUGACUGACAAUUCCCGCUUCUGAAAGCGGAGUUUCGGCCGCGUAAUCAUCCAACUGGGGGCGCGCCGCGCGGUCUCGGCUCCCGUCGCGGAACCCCCGGUGAUCGGUGAUCAGCUGGAUCGGUUGUGCCAGUCUGGAGAGAACGGAAGACUGUGGGCUGCAGGAGCUGGAGGGCGUGCGGCGGACAGGCAACCCAGUGUCAGCAUGGGGAACAUGAUAACGGGAAGAUAAACUGAUGCCAGGCGACAACUCCCUUUUUUAGACAGGCAUACCUAAGAUGCAAAUGCAAAUCUUUAAAAUAAAAAAGAAAAUCCUUCCGUCACAUAGAAUCAAUCAAUAGAUCAAUAAAUACAUUGUCUGAUUAGCUGUUUUGCCAUUUAAAUAAACGAAUACCUUGA